AUGAGAGCCGUCACCACUUCCCCCCCCUCCCCCCUCCUUUCCAAUGGGCGAGGGUACCAAUUGUGGGUUUCACUGCCCCUUGACGCCGUGGAAUCGCCCUCUUACUCGCGACAGCCUGCUCCGAGGUGCCCCCUAAAAUCUGGGUCCGAGUCCCGCUCGAACGAUGGUAGAGUUGCUCUCUUAGACACAAUUCAACGUCACCGUCUGCACAAUCUUCACGCUAUCUCUCAGCAUAUGUUUCAGGCUCGCUUCAUAUCGACUAGCACUACAUACAGAAGUACUACGAUAAAAAUGGUGGACAGAACGACCACGACCACGACCAUGACCCCCACCACCACCACGACCGCCGAUCCACCCGCAUUAAUGAUACUCUUCAACAUCAUCAUUAGCCGCAAAGUCACCCUCAAAGCUGGCCUCGUCCGUAGGCUUUAUGCUAUCACCGCCGUAGGCAUUAGCGUAGAAAUUGCCGUCUCAAAUUAUGCCUGA